AGUCACGAACUUCGGCCUUCAUAUAAACACCCCCAACGUUCUUGGACACCUUGUAGAAAAAACCCCACAAAGCAAAACAGAAAAGAAAAGAGCUGCUGCUGCUGCUGCUGCUUCAAAAAGGGAUUUGUGGUGCUGUACAAGGAGAUUUUUUGAUCUUUUUGUCUAGCUCUCUGUUUCUGACCAGAGCAGUGUAGAUUCAAUAGAUCAAACCUUCUGAAUCUGGGUCUUCAUAUAAGGUCCAAAGGGUAUCAGGUCUUGCUGUAAGAACUGGUAUUCUCAUCAUGGCAUUGGCAAGGGUUGCUAGAAGUGGCUUGAGAAGGUCAGGAGGCACCUUUGGCAGUUACAGAAAUGAGGAUGCAUUCUGUGAAGGAGUAUCCCCAUACCAAUGUUCCAUACCUUCCCUUGAAAAUUUCAGAGAAAACAGCAAUAUGUCACACUUCCACAGCCUCAAGCAGGUAAAUCACAUGAGCUUUUGGAGCAGGGGGAUAAGGGUAACCCCACAUUAUCAAUCGUCUUCUGCUGAGAUGAUUGCAGAGGCGUCUGAUGCAGAGUAUGAUGAGCCAAGCUAUGCAGGACUAGAAGCAACCAAGCCUGGUGAAAAGCCAAGGGUUGUUGUCCUUGGUACCGGGUGGGGUGCUUGUCGAUUCCUUAAGGGACUAGACACCAAUAUUUAUGAUGUUAUUUGCAUAUCACCAAGGAAUCACAUGGUCUUCACUCCUUUACUUGCUUCAACUUGCGUUGGAACCCUGGAAUUCCGCUCUGUAGCUGAACCUGUUAGUCGGAUACAGACUGCAUUAGCAAAGAGUCCCAAUUCCUACUUCUAUCUUGCUUCUUGCGUUGGCAUCGACUCUGACAAACAUGAAGUCUACUGUGAGACUGUUAGCAACGGUGGAUUACCUCGUGAUCCUUACCAGUUUAAAGUUGCGUAUGACAAGCUUGUCAUUGCUGCUGGAGCUGAGCCCUUGACUUUUGGAAUCAAGGGGGUGUAUGAACAUGCAUAUUUCCUUCGUGAAGUGAACCAUGCUCAAGAAAUAAGGAAGAAGCUUCUCUUGAACUUGAUGCUCUCUGAAAAUCCAGGCAUAUCAGAGGAAGAGAAGAAACGAUUAUUACACUGUGUUGUUAUUGGAGGUGGCCCUACAGGGGUGGAGUUCAGUGGUGAAUUGAGUGAUUUUAUUAUGAAAGAUGUUCUUGAGCGGUAUACUCAUGUGAAGGAUUAUAUCAAAGUCACCCUCAUAGAGGCAAAUGAGAUUUUGUCAUCCUUUGACAUUGGGCUACGUCAAUAUGCAACAGAACACCUAACCAAGUGCGGUGUUCGCCUUAUGCGAGGUGUUGUGAAAGAGGUGCAUUCGAAGAAGAUAGUUCUCAAUGAUGGGACUGAUGUUCCAUAUGGUCUCUUGGUCUGGUCUACUGGCGUUGGUCCCUCCAAAUUUGUGAAGUCACUAAAUCUUCCCAAGUCCCAGGGUGGAAGGAUUGGUGUUGACGAAUGGUUGCGGGUUCCCUCUGUGGAAGAUGUAUUUGCAGUUGGAGAUUGUGCUGGUUUUCUGGAACAGACAGGGAAGCCAGUUCUUCCAGCAUUAGCUCAGGUUGCAGAAAGAGAAGGCAAAUUUCUGGUGGGGUUGUUUAACAAAAUUGGAAAGCAGAAUGGGGGCAAGGCAUUCUCUGCAAAAGACAUCCUUCUUGGAGAGCCUUUUGUGUACAAGCAUCUUGGAAGCAUGGCAACAGUAGGCGGUUAUAAGGCGCUUGUGGACCUACGCCAAUCAAAGGAUGCAAAGGGCAUAUCUUUGGCUGGAUUUCUAAGCUGGCUGAUUUGGCGGUCGGCCUAUCUCACACGCGUUGUCAGUUGGAGGAACAGGUUUUAUGUGGCCGUGAACUGGGCAACGACACUGGUCUUUGGCAGAGACAACUCCCGAAUAGGCUGAUGGCUGUCGGCAAACAUUUGUUUCAGGCUUUGAGCUGAUGAUUACCAUUCUCUCUGCAUUCCUUCAAAUUUUGAUCCCACAAUUUGUGAAAUUUUGCUAAAGCAUUCAAUUUAAGUUUGACCUUGGUUAUCAGUUCUGGUUGGAGGUUGGUAAUUGUGCAAGCAGAGCUUAUACAUGCGCAUAUUGUAGAAGCUAUUUGUUGUUACAACACUACCAUAUCCAUAUCAAUUCACUCUGAGAUGAUGGUCAAUUUUAGAA